CACAACUCAAAAUCUUCGCUACUUACUUACAUCUUCUGAAUAGUCACUGAACCAGUAACUUUAUACAACGGAUAUCGAUAUGGCACUUGAAGCUUUGAAUUCUCCAACUGGUACACCAACUCCGCCACCGUUUCAAUUUGAGAGCGACGGCCAACAGCUUCGAUAUAUCGAAAACUGGAGGAAGGGAAAGAGAUCUAAAAGGUCACGCAGCAUGGAGCACCAGCCUACUGAGGAAGAAUACUUAGCGCUUUGUUUGAUCAUGCUUGCACGUAGCGGUGGCUCUGUUAAUCAUCAACGAUCUCUACCACCGCCGGCUCCGGUGAUGAAACUGCACGCGCCGUCGUCAUCAUCGGCGGCGGAGGAGGAGAAGGAGAAGAUGGUGUAUAAGUGUUCGGUUUGUGGUAAGGGAUUUGGGUCUUAUCAAGCUUUAGGUGGACACAAAGCUAGUCACCGGAAACUCGUACCCGGCGGAGAUGAUCAGUCAACUACCUCCACAACCACUAACGCAACCGGAACAACAACCUCCGUUAACGGCAACGGCAACAGAAGUGGAAGGACUCACGAGUGUUCGAUUUGUCACAAGUGUUUUCCCACUGGACAAGCUUUAGGUGGACACAAAAGGUGUCACUACGACGGCGGUAUCGGUAACGGAAACGCUAACAGUGGCGUUAGUGCUAGCGUUGGAGUGACGUCAUCGGAGGGUGUGGGGUCCACAGUCAGUCACCGGGAUUUCGACUUGAACAUUCCGGCGUUGCCGGAAUUCUGGCUGGGAUUUGGUUCCGGCGAAGAUGAGGUGGAGAGUCCACAUCCGGCGAAGAAAUCGCGGUUAUGUUUGCCUCCAAAAUAUGAAUUAUUUCAACAUUAAUGGGAAUUUGAUUGUUAGGAUUUACUAUUUUGGUAGACAAAAUUAUACUAUGUAAGUUUUAAUUUUCAUUGUGGGUGGGAGCAAAAUUUUUAAUUUUUUGUCUGUAUAUAGACCUAGCUAGUUACUAAUAGCAAAAAUUCAAUUGAUUGAUUUAUUUUUUGUGGAA